UCUCUCCCAGCAGGAGGGAUGCUGACGGCUCCUCGGCUCUAGGUCUCAUUCAUCCUUCGCUCCCGCUCGUCCUCUCUCCGGGAUCCUCACAAGGAGCAGCGAAGAUGCCGCUGGAGGCCGGGAAGGAGGAGGACGUCAGGGCUGCAGCAGGUUCUUCUCCAGUUGCUUCCAUGGCGUCAACUCCAAGUAGCGACUCCACCACCCCAAAGUGUUUAAGCCCAUUAGAAGAAUCUCCAUUGGUUAGCCCUACAUGUUCCCCCAACAUAGCCCUGGUGACUUCAUGCCUCCAGGCCAAAGAAGGACACAGACCUCAGCCUGAGGGUGCAAGCAGUGAGAUGCCUCCUGGGAACGUCAUUGGUACUCUGCAUCUUCCUUCCAAGACAUCGGAGGAGUCAACUGUGACCCAAGAGGAAGAGCCAGUGGAAACUGAGCAACACCGUCCUGAAGAAGUUAUAACGCCGGAUGCUUUGGACACCAGAAUUGUGAUGGGGGAAGAGACAUCUUGUAGCCCUGAGGAAAAAGGGAAUAUAAAUAGGUUGCACACAAUUCCUGAGAGGGAGAUGGUAUUUGGGGAUGCUUUGCAGGAAGUAACAUUGCACUUACGUCACCCUAAAGUGGAAGGGAAUCCAGUACAAGAGCUUGACAAACCCAUUGUGUCCGAGUCCACUGACGAUUUGCACUUUGAGACCAGUGGAGCAUUUGCAUUGAAAGCUGAAUUAUUUUCUCAGGGUGAAUCUGUAGCUGAUGUGCCUUCAUUUCUCAAACCCACCAAAGAGUCACCCUUCAGCUCCACAGGGAUAGAUGUCCACUCAUCAAAAGCUAAGCUUCCCACUGACUCUGACCCGUACACCACCGCUCCAUCCACACCAGUAAAAACUGCCUACAGCCAGUAUAAACACCACUCUUACUCCAAGAGCCACCUCAAUGAAGAACACAACGACCUUGACAAUGACAAUAUGUCUUCUCCUCCAACAUCACCCUCUGGAUCCUAUGUCACUGCAGAAGGUGGCAGCUGGAUGUCCUCAGCCGCCUCUAGUGGCUCUCCUUCAUGUUCCCCAAAUUUAAUGGCGGAUGUGGACAAUAUUGAAUCUCCCACCCCUUAUCCGGACAACCAAAGUCUGUGUGAGGACCCAUGUUGCAUGUCUCCAGACAUGUUGGAAGAUGAAGAUAUUCCAGAACUCUUCAACAGAGAUAUGGACCCUGAAGACUUCUCUCCAGCCAAUGAUGAUCUCAUAGAUGGGUACCCUUGUGACAUCCAUUCUAGCGAAGAGGAAGAAGAUGAAGAUGAAUGGGAAACAGACUUUGCCCCAUCUUUUACGAGCAUACCUCUAUGUCCUGAAUUCAUGAGCACGGUGUCUUCAGUACAGGAGCCCCAGCAAGCAUCUUUGGCAGGCUGCUCUGGAAAUGUUGAGGGUACCCUACAGCCAGCAAGCCGGCAGGAAGUUCACACGGUAAGCUUGGCAAGCGCUGAGAAUGAUCACAUGAUUCCCGCUUUUAUGCUUCCAUUCCGGGGAAGUUUAAUAUUUGAGGCCGAAUCGAUGGAGAUCACGUUAUUCCCUCAAGGAGAAUCAGCCGAAAGUGAGGCAAUCGAUAGAGAAGAGAAAGUUGAUGAUGAGGAUGAUGGUACCUCAGCAUCAUAUCUUCACUCAUUGUCUGAGACCUCAAUCAAUGAAGGGGUAGAUGAAUCAUUUGCAUAUCAGGAUGACACCUCAGAGUCCUCAGAUUCAGCCUCUUAUAAUGGAGAAGAGGAUGAUAAACGCUAUGGCACAGAGGAGUAUGCGGUGACCAUGGACCCUGCUGUUCAGAGCACAGAGGGCCCAGUGAUAGGCCAACAUGACUCUUCAAAUUCUGGCUGUGAGAGCGAAAUGGAGACAUCAUCCGAUCUCUCUGACUCAGAGGAAGAAUGUGCAGUGUUUACAGCUCUGGAUGUGAAUGGUGAAGAUCUUCUUGGAAUUGAAGAACAAAUUGUCAAAGUCAGUGAUGUAACAAAUGAAGAGAAAGGACUUAGGAGUGAAAAACACGAUGAAGGGGUCAGAUUAUCCCAUCUAGCACAAGUUUUUUCUGAAGAUCCUUCCACCACGCAAGACAGCUGCAGUGAGCUUGAAGACUCAAGUACUAGCAAAGCGCCUCAAGAUGCAGGUGAAGAACCCAUAAGAAGCACUUUAGUUCUUACAACCGAAGCUAAAAUGGAAUCUAAUUCUGAAUUAUCUCAGAAGCUAAAAGAAGGAGCAGAGCGGACAUGGUCUGAUAGCCCUGUAGAACAACAGUCAUCCUCAUCAUCCUCUGAAAUGGACCAUCUUCUUCAAGCUGGAAUUGGCAAUGUUGGGGAAUGUUUGAUUGCUUGCUUUGAUACGGAUGAAGAGUUGGAUACUUUACCUCCUUUGUGCACAACUGGACAAACCCACCAAGAUGACAAGACACUAGACGAUGAGAACGGAAGGAGAACUUCCAUGGCCAUGCAUCUGGCUGAAGAUGAAAGAUAUUUCACAGUGAAAUGUGAAAAUAAAGAGGAUAGCAGUGUCUCCCAAGAACAGGUGUGUACUGUAGAACCUGUAGACAUAGAUGGAAGUGAGGAAGAAAAUGCUCAUGUAGAAGAUUCAGCCAAUGAAGAGUUGUUUGCAUGCUAUGAAUCUGAAGAAGACCCAGAAGAAGUGAAACUCUUGGAUCGACCUUCACUUCUUGCUCAAAUACAAAAACAACAAGAAGAAGCUGCUGCUGCUUAUAUUACAGACAAACUGUCCUGUAACAUAGAGGAAGAACAGACGCGUCUCGACAGAUCAACUAUAGAAGAUUCUGCAGCAACCAGUGCAGAUAAUGACAUUGCUGAUAGAUGCAACCAUUCAAGUACACCAAGGACUAAUAAGAAGGGAUCCAACAUGGCCUUGGUUGUGGAUGAUUUUACAGAGGACUCUUGCAGAGCAAUCACAAGUGAAAUGUCUGGGUUGGGUGAAAAUACAUCUUCAUUCACUAUUGAACAAAAUGACUUCUUAACUAAAGCUGAGGACAUUAGUCUACCAAUCCAUGUACCAUCAACUCAUGCCAUAUCUCCAUCAUCAUCUCUGAUAACUUCAGAGAAUCCCACAGAUCAAUUAGUAAAGUCAAAUAAAAUUUCCAAUGAACAAGAUGACCAACAAACAAGUAACGUGUUACUGGAGAGCUUUAAAAAAUGUCCUUAUUCUUUGGAAAGGGAAUUGUUGACUGUAUGUCCUUCCAAACCUGAUGAGUCAGUAGCCGAGGACAACCAAGGACCCAUCGGGUGCCAAAUUUCCAAAACAAGCGAGUCAAGUAAUCUACAUGAUCAUCCUGUUUGUAAGGAACCACCAGACAGGGAAGAUGUUCUGCAGAACAGCAAACAAGCUGAGAAGAAUGGAGAUAGUCAAGAAGCUCUCAAAUUUGAUAGUGAGCCAGAACAUGACAUUACAGUAACCAGUAUUACAGAAUUGGCAAAAACUUUGGAACUUGAAGAAGGAAAUGGGCAACUCAACAAAAACAAUCUGUCUCAUGAUAAAGAAGACAAGACCCUAGAAAAUGAAUCAACCACUGAUAACGAUCAAGACUCAUGUAUCUCACCAAGCAUAGAAGAUACUGCAUAUUACCCAAUGACCCUUCCAUCUUCCUCACUCCAACCAAGUCUUCUCUGCACUGACAGUUCAGAUAAAAAUUGUUCAGAAAAUCACAAAUCUGCCUUGAUGUAUCCAGACGCCACAGAGCAGGUCAAGCUGCUAUGUAACAAUAAUUCACAAGACGAGAACAUGUCACGCAGUUUGCUAUCAAAUGUUAACUUAGAAGGGUCUUCGGCUAGUAAAGCUCGGAAACUAGAAGAAACUCAUCACAAGUUAAAAAGUUCUCCACCGAUAUCUAACAGAACGGAAGGAAUGAGUACACAACAUGAACUAUGUGGUGACACAAGACAAGGCGACCCUCCACUGUUGGCCACUGCCUUGUCAGGUUUAACGUCCAAACCAAGGACAGAAAAAAUGGAGAUGACUGAAGACAUUCAGGAAAUGUCCAAGCUGCUACAAGGUUCAUUCGGUAAACUGGAGGCAUUGGAUCUAAUUAGUCGGUCAAGUUCUUCAGAAGUCAGUUCUUCCAUAUCCUCAACUAAAACCACCCAGGUCAUUGAUAGUACAGAUGUUGAUCUUGAGGUCGCAGCUUCAUCGGAAAACAAGAAAAUUAAGGCGACUAAUGGAGAAUCCAGGAAGCAAACGGCUGGAUUUACACACGAUAUGGAAACACAGCCAAGGAUCGAGAGAAGUCAGGAUAAGACAUUGAGGUCUGGCAACGUAGAUAGAAGCCCCCUGAAGGAAAAGAAAGUUGCGGAGAAGACUUGUCUUGCGCCUGAAAACUUACAUGAUCAGUCAUCCCAUAAGGUGAAGAAAGCGGAGGACAAGCCUAAACGGGAACUGAGGACCACUAACCUCCUCAGCAAGAGCCCAACUAAUAGUGACCACCAGGGCAAGCUGUCCAAAGUGGACAUUGACCACAAGCUCUGCCUGCAUGUAGCGCCCAAAACUGAAGCUGCUGUAUCGCCUACUCCAGACUCUAUGAACCCUGGCUCUGCUAUAAGUAAAGUGCCUCCCAUGAAUUCUCUGUCCCCCAUUCCUGAUGGUAAACCCCAGGACCAAAAAGUAAUCAAGCACCUGCCUGCUCCUGAACACCUGGAUUCCAAAAAGCUUGCAUCAGCUCCUGAAGGCAGCACUACAACCCCCAAUCUGAGCACAGAGGUCAGCCGGUUUCCAAGAGCCGUACUUAGCCAAGAACAGGUGGGAAAGAAAACCCAAAUGACCUGCCCCCCAUCUGAACCGACCUCCUCCAGUGACAGCGAGCUAACGUCCCAAGGGCAGGAGAUGCACCUGCUGCGGGAGACGUCGGCAGUGACCCUGCUGGGCAUCAGCAAACCUCUUCUGAGGCAGCAAGGGUGUGAGGCGCUCAGUCACAGAGGUUCCUGUAAUGACACAGAAAGUAACGAUGAAUCGCUCCCUGAGCUGGAAGAAGCCGAUCUGACGGAGCCCCAGAGCACCUCCAGCCAGAACCAGCUGGCGCACUGCGUGGGCUCCGGAGAGGAAUCCAUCGGCAAGGCCAAGCAGAGCCGGAGCGAGAAGAAGGCCAGGAAGGCAAUGUCCAAGCUCGGCCUCCGGCAGAUUCACGGCGUCAGCAGGAUCACUAUCCGGAAAUCCAAGAACAUCUUAUUCGUCAUAACCAAGCCAGACGUGUUCAAGAGUCCUGCAUCUGACAUCUAUAUCGUGUUUGGAGAAGCCAAGAUUGAAGAUCUCUCGCAGCAAGUGCACAAAGCGGCCGCCGAGAAGUUCAAAGUCCCAAUGGAGCAUUCGCCGCUGAUCACGGAGACGGCGCCCACCCUGACCAUCAAGGAGGAGAGUGAGGAGGAGGAGGAGGAGGUGGACGAGACCGGACUGGAGGUGCGGGACAUUGAGCUUGUGAUGGCGCAGGCCAACGUCUCCCGGGCCAAGGCAGUGCGAGCCUUGAGGCACAACAACAAUGACAUCGUCAACGCCAUCAUGGAAUUAACCAUGUAGCUGCUGGGCUGCAUGUGAUCCUGGAUCCUCCCGCCACACUCCUGUAUAGAUGCACAGCUAUUCAUUACCUGCCUCUGUACUAGACCUGCAUAUAUUCCUACUACGAUGCACCAACAAAGCUGCUCAAUAAACCUUGCCUGAUACAGCGCG